CACCGGCGGUGUUUGGUGUUUUGCAUCCUCCGCACCGCCGUCCCAUCCCCUUCCCCACCACGCAACGGUCAGGUCGCCGCCGGAGUCCAACCCCGCAAUAAGUAGCACCCCAUCUCCUCCCCGCAAACGGCUACUUCCUCCUCCCCCUCUUCUUCCUUCCGCCACCUUCGAGAACCUUCGACCACCCGCACGGGCACGAUGCCGACGGCGUCGCGGCAGCGCCUGUGCCGCGCGGCCCUGCUCGUCGCCGGCGCGGGGUACCUCGCCUUCCUCCUGCUCUUCGAGGUCCCUUCCCUGCCCUUCUCCUCCUCCUCCUCCUCCUCGGCUGCGGCGUCGCAGCAGCUGCCUACCCACAGCUCGCGCCGCCGCGAGCUCGAGGCGUCGGCGUCCACCUCCCCGUUCUCCCCCGCUCGCCCCUCCAAGCCCGCCUUCCCCGCGGCCGGUUCCCCCGCUCCGUCCCCUCCCCCGCUCCCGAUCUUCUCCUCGCUCCUCGUUCUCCCCAGGUCCAACGCCACAGCGACCCCCUUCGACGGCACCGCCGCCGACGCCUUUGCCGCCGCCAAGCCCCACCUGACACAUCUCAGGACCGCCGCCGCCUCUGCGUCCGUCGCCGCGUCCCCGCCCCCGUCUUCCCCGACCUGCCCCGCCUCCAUCUCGCUGCACGCGGACAAGCUCCCCGCGAACGGGGUCCGGACGGUGGAACUGCCGUGCGGGCUCGCGGUGGGGUCGCACGUGACCGUCGUGGCCCGCCCAAGGGCCGCGCGGCCGGAGUACGACCCGCAGAUCGCCGAGCGCAAGGACGGCAAGACGCCCCUCAUGGUGUCUCAGUUCAUGGUCGAGCUGGUGGGCACCAAGGUGGUCGACGGGGAGGCGCCGCCCAGGAUACUCCACUUCAACCCCAGGAUCCGAGGGGAUUACAGCGGCAAGCCCGUGAUUGAGAUGAACAGCUGCUACAGGAUGCAGUGGGGGCGCUCUCAGCGCUGCGAGGGCUUCGCGUCCCGUCCCGCCGAAGAGACUGUUGAUGAUCAACUGAAGUGUGAGAAAUGGAUUCGGGACGAUGACAACAAGUCGGAGGAAUCAAAAAUGAAAUGGUGGGUGAAACGUUUGAUCGGUAGGCCGAAGGAUGUGCACAUCAGUUGGCCAUAUCCAUUCGCAGAAGGCAAGCUAUUUGUUUUGACUCUAACAGCUGGUUUGGAAGGUUACCAUGUCAAUGUUGAUGGGAGGCAUGUCGCUUCAUUUCCAUACCGCACUGGUUACACUCUUGAGGAUGCAACUGGCUUGUCUCUGAAUGGGGACAUCGAUAUUGAGUCGAUUUUUGCUAGUUCUCUGCCCAAUUCACAUCCUAGUUUCUCCCCGGAGAGAUACCUCGAAAUGUCUGAGCAGUGGAGAGCCCCACCCCUACCAACUGAACCUGUUGAGCUUUUUAUUGGCAUUCUGUCAGCAGCUAACCAUUUUGCUGAGCGUAUGGCUGUGCGGAAGUCAUGGAUGAUGUAUACAAGGAAAUCAUCUAAUAUUGUAGCUCGGUUCUUUGUGGCUCUGAAUGGAAAAAAGGAGGUCAAUGCAGAGCUGAAAAGGGAGGCAGAGUUCUUCCAUGACAUUGUUAUAGUGCCUUUUAUGGAUAGUUAUGACCUUGUUGUCUUGAAGACUAUUGCAAUUGCCGAGUAUGGGGUUCGAGUCAUCCCAGCAAAAUAUGUAAUGAAAUGUGAUGAUGACACAUUUGUUAGAAUUGAUUCUGUUCUGGAUCAAGUGAAGAAAGUUCAAAGCGAUAAGAGUGUGUAUGUGGGAAGCAUGAACUACUUCCAUAGACCACUGAGAUCUGGCAAGUGGGCUGUAACUUAUGAGGAAUGGCCAGAAGAGGUGUACCCAAAUUAUGCUAAUGGGCCUGGCUAUGUAAUCUCAGCAGAUAUUGCAAGCUAUAUUGUUUCUGAAUUUGACAAUCAGACACUUCGGCUAUUUAAGAUGGAAGAUGUCAGCAUGGGCAUGUGGGUCGAGAAGUUCAAUAACACUCGCCGACCAGUGGAGUAUCGGCAUGAUGUCAGGUUUUACCAGGCAGGUUGCUACGAUGGUUAUUUCACUGCACACUAUCAGUCCCCCCAGCACAUGAUCUGUCUAUGGAGAAAACUGCAGUCUGGCAGCACCCAUUGUUGCAACGUGAGAUGACGAUGGUGAAAAAUUUCUGGCAUUGUGGGUCGGAGAGACGAAACAAUCAGCUCGCGAGCACAUCGCUCACAGAACUGAAAUCAUCACCACUGAUGCUGAGGAAAAGUGAGGAGAACUCUCUUCUGGACUUGCCAUACAAUUCAUUCAUUCUUUUGAUCGGUGGCCUGUUUCCAAGCUGCUGAUUCUGACACCUGAUGGAUGCCCUAGCGCUACUUUUGACACUUGUUGAUAUUUAUACUCGCGUCAAAUUUUCUUGACCUAGGAAUUUUCAGAUUGGGCGGCAUAUUGUGUAUAGAAACAUUUUCAGAGUUACUAUUUAUGAUCUACAGUGUUUGGUUUGUCAAGCAGAUGGAGAAUUUUUCACUGGCAAUUUAUUUGUCACCAGAAAAAACCAUAGAAUAGCUUGGCACUUGUGAUACGAACUGAAUUACUGGACUAAAUAGUUAUAGCUAGUUCAUCUGUGAUUGAUAUCA